ACUAAGGAAUGUUUUGCAAAGAACUAAACUGGUUAAGAAGCGCGUUGUCAUUACUGCUAGAAGGAAAUGGCACCAUCUACCACUAAUAAAUCUGCCGAAACAACGGAUAAAAACAAAAAAGAAGAUGCUAAGGACAAGGAAGUUGAAAAUAAAGAGGUAGAGCUAUCAGAAGAGGACAAGUUACUCAAAGAAGAGCUUGAACUUUUGGUUGAAACGCUUAAGGAGAAUGAUAAAGAUAAAUAUGAACCCGUAUUAACCAAACUAACGGAUCAUAUAAGAUCUUCAACAACAUCAAUGACUUCUGUUCCUAAGCCGUUAAAAUUUCUUCAAGAACAUUACGAUACUUUAAAAGAAAUCUUUACCAAAUGGUCAGAUUCAAAAAUGAAGAAAGCUUUGUCAGAUAUUUUGUCCGUAAUUGGUAUGACUGUGGAUGAUGGUCUCGACUGUCUGAAUUUUAAAUUGACAGGUAAUACUAAUGAGAUAGGCACAUGGGGACACGAAUAUGUUCGUCACCUAACUCGAAAUAUAACACAACAACUACAAAAGAGUGAUGAGAAUGAACGCUAUAGCCCAGAAACUUUAAUGAAAAUGGUAGAGAAUAUCGUUCCAUAUUUAAUGAGCCACAAUGCUGAGGCUGAAGCCUGCGACUGUUUGAUGGAUAUCAGUCAUUUGGAAUUAAUAGAAAAAUAUGUUAAUGACGGAUCUUAUUCAAGAGUUUGUCUCUAUCUUACAAGAUGUUAUGACUUCGUCCCUGAACCGGAAGACAGAACAAUAAUGACCUGUGCUUUGAAUAUUUACAAGAGGUACGACCAAUAUGUUGAUGCUAUGAUGUGCGCACUUAGAAUGAAUGAAAGAGCUCUUAUUGAAGAAGUUUUUAAUAACUGCUUAGAUCCUCUUGUUAAGAAGCAACUAGCAUAUCUCUUAGGAAGACAGCAUAUAAUGCUUGAAUUGUCUGAUGAGACUGCGGAUAGUGAUGAGCUGAUGGAAAUAAUGUCGAACUCUCAACAAAACACUCACUUCUUGGCACUUGCUAGAGAAUUGGAUAUUAUGGAGGCAAAAAUACCAGAAGAUGUAUAUAAAUCACAUUUAGAGCCAAACAGACCUAGUAUGAAUGCAAAUGUUGAUUCAGCCAGGGUAAAUCUUGCAGCAUCCUUUGUUAAUGGGCUCUUGAACGCUGGGUUCGGCCAAGACAAACUAUUGCUGGUGGAAGACGGAAGUAAGUGGAUGUACAAACACAAAGAUCAAGGCAUGAUGUCCUCGGCUGCUACACUUGGUUUACUUCUUUUAUGGGAUGUUGAUAGUGGAUUAACUCAAAUUGAUAAGUAUUUAUAUUCAGCUGAUGAUAAUAUCAAAGCAGGUGCGCUUAUGGCAUGUGGAAUAGUAAAUUGUGGUGUUCGAAAUGAAUGCGAUCCAGCGUUUGCCUUACUUUCCGACUACGUCCUUCAUAAUAGUAAUGUAAUGAGAAUUGGGUCGAUUGUUGGUUUAGGAUUGGCGUAUGCUGGUUCUAAUAAUAAAGACGUCAUAGAUUUAAUUCUUCCAGUUUUAGAGGAUAGCAAGUCUAGUAUGGAAGUUUUAGGUUUAACAGCUUUAUCGUGUGGUUUAGUAGCUGUUGGAACAGCAAAUCCUAAAGUUACUGAAGCAAUUUUAGAAAUUUUACUUGCAAAGAAUGAUAAACCAGAAAUGAAAGAGCCAAUGGCUAAAAUGCUCGCACUAGGUUUAGGUUUGACUUAUUUGGGUCGUCAGGAAGAGGUAGAGACUUCUCUGGCUGCUCUGGAUGUCCUAAGUGAUCCUUUUAAAUCUACAGCUAAGACUAUUUUGGAAAUGUGUGGAUACGCUGGAACUGGAAAUGUUUUAAAAGUUCAAAACUUUUUACAUAUUUGCUCUGAGCAUUACGAACCUCAAAAAGACGAAGAUAAUAAUGAUAAAAAAGAUUCAAAAAAAAAGGACGCUGACAAAGAUAAAAAGGACGAAGACAGAAAAAGUUCAAAUCUUUCAGUACAGCAAUCAAUAGCCGUUCUUGGAAUUGCACUUAUAUCAAUGGGUGAAGAUAUAGGGGGAGAAAUGAGUCUGAGAACUUUUGGACACCUUCUUCGUUAUGGGGAAGCGCAGAUUAGGAGAGCAGUUCCUCUGGCGUUUGCAUUACUAGCACCAUCCAACCCAAAAUUGCAAAUUAUUGACACCCUAAGUAAAUUUUCUCACGACUCUGAUGCUGAGGUUGCUCACAACGCUAUUUUGGCCAUGGGUGUUGUUGGAGCUGGUACAAAUAAUGCAAGACUUGCAGCUAUGCUUCGACAAUUGGCUAUCUAUCACUCCAAAGAUGCUCAGAAUUUAUUCUGCGUUAGAAUAGCGCAAGGAUUGGUUCAUAUGGGUAAAGGAACUAUGACGAUUAAUCCGUUUCAUACAGACAGACAAUUAAUGUCACCGGUAGCUGUUGCCGGAUUAUUAACUUUUCUAGUAUCCUGCUUAGAUGUGAAGCAGACAAUUUUGGGAAAAUGUCAUUAUGUUUUAUUUUAUUUGGUCACUGCUAUUCAUCCACGCAUGCUUGUGACAUUUGACGAGAAUCUUCAACCAAUAUCUGUCAGCGUUAGAGUAGGACAGGCCGUCGACGUUGUCGGACAAGCUGGAAAGCCCAAAACAAUAACAGGUUUCCAAACACACACGACACCAGUCUUGUUAGCCUUUGGUGAAAGAGCUGAAUUAGCAACCGACGAAUACCUGGCCACUUCUCCGAUUCUUGAGGGUUUCGUCAUACUUAAAAAGAACCCAGAUUCGGAGAUGGCUCAGGAGAAGUAA